AUGCCUCAAAUAUCGAUUCAAACCCCAUUCGACAUAAUAACUAAUUCAUUUACUGCAAUGCAUUCCUCAGAGACACAAGACAAUAAUAACAAUAUAGACAUAUUUAGACCAAUUUCUCCAAGCGCUGCCCUGCGUCAGAAGAGACACGGAUCCAACUCCUAUAUCUACAAAAAUCAAAAACGAAUAGCAAGACCCGACGAUAAAAUCUUAAAUGCAAAUAUCAACAUCAACUAUAUCGACCACAACUCCAUAGUUAAUGAAAAUGCAACUCCGGUAAAAUCUGUAUUGUCAAGAAGACCAAGUUUAAGUAAAAAAUCAAAUAACGUGACACCGCAACCUUCCUUUUUAGUAACAGAGCCACCCAAAUCUCCAUUCUAUGUUACAAAUCAGUCUUAUACUAAUAUAGAUGUAGCACUGAGUGCGAAUAAUAACGGAAUCACCAAUAAUAAUAACCAAUACACUAACAUGAACACUUAUAACAGUAUUAAUAAUAAUUACAACAAUAUUGAAGGCUAUUCUGGAAAUGCCGUGCUGCCUGGGAACGAUGAUAUGUUCAUUAAUACACAAUCUAACAAAUAUAGGAAUAAUUCCACAUCAACCGCUAUAAUAAAUGAUGUUUCCGAUAAUUUUGUGAAUAAUAUGAAUACUGAUAUCCAACAAAAUGAAAAUAUAUACCAGGAUCAAAAUUUUAAUGAUGAUACCGGAAACAAUAAUGCAGAAUCUGAUAAUAAUCAAAAUAAUAGCAACGAUGAAUCUAACAAUCAAAAUUCUGAAGAUAACAACGAUAAUCCAAACAAUAACAACAAUAACGUGGAGGAAACUUCAGUUACUAAAAAGACAAGUCGAGUUCUGAUAGAAAAGUUACAAAAUAUAUAUAAAAUCAUUGUCAAGCAAGAAAUGGAGUUACAGCAGCGGUGUUCCCAGUUGACUACUUCUCAGACGACUGAAUUGAAAAACUUAUGGUCAAUUUACAAGCUUAAUACAGAUCUGAUCAAUAAUUACAUCACCUUUAUAACAACUGCAUUAUUACCUUCACAAUCAUUGCAGGACAUACAAAUUGGCGAAGAAAUCGUAGAAAUUUAUAGAAUUGAAAGACGAUUGUGGGUUUAUGGUACAAUAACAUUUUUAGACGUUUUAAAAAAUUUCUCAAAUUUCAUGGAUCCAGAAGUUUGCUCACAAUUUAUAACGCAUGUUUUUAUUUCUCUAUCAACGAUGCUAAUUGAUUUGCCCCCAAAACAUUCAAUCCCUUGGUUACAAAGACUAGGUGAUCUCUCAAGAAUGGCUAUUGCACUAUAUCCAUCAGGAUUUAUUGAUUGGAAGUUAAGUGCAGAGCAUUGGUAUAUGGAAGCAAUGAAAUUUACCUAUAGUCAUGGUAAAUUGUACUACCAUAUGUCGACAGUACAACAAAACACUUUAGAAGCUUUUGUUAACUUGGGUAAAAGUGUCUUCUGUCAAGAUACUUUCACCCCCUCACAACAGUACAUGCAAUUGGUUAUUGAUAACAUUUAUCAGAGGACUUUUGUUGACAGGAAUAAAAAUGGAAAUGUUAGAAAUUCGGACUUAAUUGACUAUUUAAAACAUAGUGAGGUCAUGCUGUUGCCAAGCUUUUUAGAGAAUGAAGAUUUACAGCAAGUCGUUCUAAACUAUUUCAAUGAUAGAUUUGGUGUUGAUUAUAAUGACAAUAAUAUAUUCGAAACUCAAGAUAUGUUUUUCCAAGUUCCUGCCUCCCUAAGAUUCUAUUUCAGGCAUGCACCUGCAUUUGCGGAAUCGCAUAUUUUGCAACUAGUUGGAUUUGGUAAUCCAAAAAAUCCCUUUGCAUUACUUUUCGAUUUGCCCAAUUUUUUGAAAGAGAGAAAAGACAAAAAGGAAAAGAACAAAUCAAAAUCAUCCACUGAAAUAUCUACAAUGUCAAUAGACACAAACGAUAGUAGGGGACCCAUAUUAAACACCUCUGCCUAUGUAAAUGAAGGAAAUAUAGUGACUGAGUAUUUUGAUAAUAUUGAUUCACUACGGCUGCCAAUUGACCAUCCCAAUAUACUAGUGUGGUUGAAGUCGUUGGAACAUCUUAAUAUGACUUCACUUAAGUGUAGCGUGAUUGUUUUAAGAAAGUUUUUGCGUGGCCCCCUUUUAAUCGCAUUGCCACAUGUACUUCCUUGGACUUAUUUCAUUAUAGCGACAUUUCUAAAGGCUCAAAGCUCAAAGAAUACCAGCAGCGUAAAAUUUUGGACCAUUGUUAUGAGAAGAAUAUUGCCAUGGAAUACAUUAACAAGCUUUUUGAAUGUUUUAUUGGCAUACAUUUUGGAUAACUUUUACCAGACAGAAUCAAUAGCAAAACUAUGUGAAACUUAUUCCAAUUUUGAAAAUUUUUAUGAACUGUUGGAUUAUUUCAAUAGAAAUGAAAAUUUACCUGAAAUCUGGAAAUGUUGGGGAACAUUAUGGUUUGAUGUAAUUUCCAACAAACGUGCCUUAAAUGCAGAUACUUUUAAUGGACUUGGUAUUGAGGAUCAUAUGUUCCUAGAUUUUCCACUGGAUGGUAUAGGCUUUGAUGAAUUGGAUGAAACGGGUGAAAAUUUUUGGAACCGUGCACUUAGAAUAGUAUUUUUAUUCAAAGGCAUUGCUGAAAACUUACAAACAGGUCUCAGAGUCAGUAGGACUGCCCCUGUUCACUGUAGGAGGGAUGACAUCGAUCCUAAUCAUAUAUUAAAAUCAUUCUCUUUCAAAAUGGAAGGAUUUGACGAAUCUUCCUACUCAGGUCAACCUUUUUCCACAAUUAACAAGUUACUACCACUGUUCGAAAACAUUGACGAAACAAACCUUGAUUUUGAUGCUAGACCAAUGCUUAGUGUUGUAAAGGGUGAGAACAUAUUUGAAUAUGUUGGUUAUAAAAAGUUAUUUCUGAAUAAUCAUUCAUUCGAUAGAAACGGAGAAUUGGUAAGCUCUUCGAUUUAUACUGCAUGGGUUAUUGAUAACGACAAUUCCCUGAACAAUAGCCAGGGUAAUCAAUAUACCUCAAAUAUGCAAAUGACCCAGCAGCAACGACAGUUGCUGCCUCCCGAGCAGCAAAAUUUCCAAAUGAGGAAUUUUGCUUCUAAUGAAGACACAGAGGAUGAUUUUAAUUUCGAGCUUUAUAUGAAUCCUGAAAAGCUGAACAAGAAUAUGGAUCAAGCUAGUAUAUGGACUACCGCAAAUGACGAAAUAAAUAGGAACAUCACUUAUUUUGUUUUUGACGCCACGUCAUGGCUGAGACACUUCGCCCAUAUUUAUAAGCUAUCGACCAAUAAUGUACUGAAUUUUGCCGUAUGCUUAACUACAUUUCAGGAACUGAGAUUUUUGAGGAAGUCCAAGGAUGAAAACGUCGUCGGGGCUGCUGCAAGAGCCAUAAUUACAAUGAGACAGCUAUACAGUGAGGGAAAAUUAUUGCCUCUGAGAUUCACAGGAAAUGUUGCGACAGAUAUCGAAGAACACUUAGAAUUUGAGGAACAAAUUACCUGGCGUUCCCAUGUCGAUGAGUUUGUAAUUGAAGCAGUUGUUAAGGCACAGAAUAAAUUCAUUUCUGCGAAUGAGUCUGUCACAUUACGAAAGGGCUUUAAUCAUGUUGUCUUGGUUACAGAUGACAUCAACAUGAAGAGAAAAGCCCAAGAACAAGGCAUUAAAACAUUUACUACUCAUUUUAUUUUUUCGGUUUGCAGGAAACUGGGUAUUCAAGAUAAUGUCUGCACAAAUUAA